AUGGCCGCAGCAAACCCACCACCCCCGGCACCGGGACAACAGCAGCAGCAGCAGCAGCAGCACAUCGACACGCUGCAGAGCAUGCUCAAUCUCAUUUUUCUCCACUCUGGCCGCUUCCUCAAAGAAACCCAGACCGGCGGAGGCUCCGGGCGCAUGAAGCAGCAACUGCAGCGCGUCGUGCCACAUGCCACCGAGCGCUUCCACGAUGCCCUCGACGAACUCGAGAACGAGGUGCGCCUAGCGCAAAUGGUGCUCCGGCGCGACAUGGCAUUGCUGAAGCAGGACCGCAAGAAGAAGGAGGCUGCCGCGAAACAGCAAGAGGUGGACAAGGCGAGGCUUGCCGCAGAGGCCAGAAAUCCACCCCCACCCACCAACGACGCGCCAGUCAAGGAAGAAAAGGCUGCCACGCCCGUACAGCUCGAGCCGCCAGCAGCACCAGACACAUCGGAGCAAGUGACGUCCAUGGAGACGGAUAUGGAAGCCGCGAAGAAGGACGGCGGAAACAGCGACCAUGACAGCCAAAACAAGAAGGCACCCUCACCACCCCAAGACUCGACAGACGCAAAUGCCCAGCCACCCAAAGAUCCGCUAUUCGAUGGCACGCCCCCAACCAACAACCCCAAUGAGUCCGACUUCGAUUUCGAUGCCAUGUUCGGCGAUGCCAUGGACACGUCCGACCAAAAUCACGACCACGACAUGAUGGAUACCUCGGGCGAUAUUGACUUUGGCCUCGAUAGCGGCAACGAAGGAUCCUCCCUCCUACGCGGUCUCGAAGACUUUGCCAAGAACAGCGAUAAUGACAACAACAACAACAACCAAACAUCCACCAUGAACAUGGACUUUACAAUGCCGGACUUGUCAGGCUUGGAUUCGAACACAAAUACGAACACCAACGCAAAUGCCGAUAGCACUGCAAAUACAACUGCCAAGCCAGCACCAGAGCCAGAGCCUGCGCCAAAAGCAGAUGAGCCCAAACCUGCCGCACAGCCACCACCGCCCCAAGAGAACAAGGCAGAAGAGGCGACGACCAAUAAUAAUAACAAAGACGACAUGAUGAGCACCAUGGCUGCAGACGAUCUUGAGGACCUGUUCAACAUGGACGACUACGCCAACCCCGAGCAAUCUUCCUUUGACGAUGCCUUUUUCAAUUUUGAAUAA